UGGGCGAUAUCCAAUUUUGUCAUGAUAGUGCUGUUGACAUGGGCGGCGGUGCUGUCCGUUGCGAGUGGAUUGGCGGUGCCCCCAAAGAGGUACCAGUGCAAAGCCAACGUAUGCGUCCAGGAAGCCAUCUCCUUCACGGCCAACGGCACGUCGCUUUCCAUCUGCCAACUGACCUGUGGCCAAGGGAGCUUGUGGCCUCAACCCACCCAGCGCGUGCACGUGAGUCCGUCCGUGCAGUCGAUCUCGAUUGCUUCCAUUUCCCAUUCCGUCUCCUUUCUCGACCACACCAACUUUGACAGCGCUCUCGUUCCUGCGAUGCACGCGAACUUCCUCGACAUACUGCAAUCCAAAGCCGCUGAGUGCACCACGUCCGUUGCAGUACCGGCACCCCUCCCCCUCUCCAUCUCGGCCACGAUCACCACCGCUGACGAGCGUCUGCGCGUGGACACGAACGAGACAUACUCGCUGACGGUCAACUUGACCUCGACGCCGCACGUGACCAUCGCCGCGAUCACCGUGUUCGGGUACCGACAUGCCUUGACGACGCUCAGCCAGCUCAUGGAGUACGACGACAUCUCGCACACGAUGCAGCUCGUGCACAGCGCCAGGAUCAUCGACGGCCCCGCGUUUCCGCACCGCGGCAUCACGUUGGACACGAGUCGCAACUUUUACUCGGUCGGCGCCAUCAAGCGCGUGCUGGACGGCAUGAGCAUGACCAAACUCAACACAUUCCACUGGCAUUUUACCGACACCAACAGCUUUCCCAUUGAAAUCAUUGGCGAGCCCCGGCUAACAACGUAUGGCGCGUACAGUGCGCGACAGGUGUACACCCAAGCGGACAUUCGCGGGCUUGUUCACUAUGCCAAAGUACGCGGAAUUCGAGUGAUUCCAGAGCUCGACGCGCCGGCGCACGUUGGCGCGGGGUGGCAGUGGGGCCACGCAGCAGGGCUGGGCGACUUGGUCGUAUGCUAUGACCAUCUUCCUUGGGAAUCGGCUUGUGUCCAGCCUCCGUGUGGCCAGCUCAACCCGAAAAACGACAAGAUUUUCCCCAUUUUAGACACGAUUUACGGGGAAUUCGACGCGUUAUUCGAUGCAGAUUUGGUGCAUAUGGGCGGAGACGAAGUGCAUUUUGGGUGUUGGAACAUGACCAAGAGUAUCACAGACGGGAUGGCGUCGCGGGAACCGGCCGACUUUAUAUCAUUGUGGGGCGAGUUUCAGGCCAAAGUGCAUGCAUUACUGGUGCAAAUCCACAACCGCAAAGUACCAGCAAGGCACAAAAAGGUCAUGAUAUGGACGAGCGAUCUGACUCACCCCAGUUGGAUUCAACGGUACCUGGCGCCACACGAUUAUGUGAUUCAAAUCUGGGACUCUACAACUACCUCAGCAAGUUCUGCAGCAACAUUUGCCAAACUGGGCUACCACGUCGUGCUAUCCAACUACGACAAGUGGUAUCUGGAUUGUGGCCACGGCAACUGGCUCACAAACGGCACAAGCUGGUGCGACCCGUUCAAAUCAUGGCAGGUCGUCUAUGGAGUCGAUAUGUACGCAGGUCUCACCCCCGAUUUGCAUCCAUUUGUACUUGGCGGCGAGACGGCGUUGUGGUCAGAAUUAGCCGACGAACACUCGGCGGACGUCAAAUUGUGGCCGCGGUCGGCUGCCGCCGCCGAGCGCUUGUGGUCGAAUCCGGUGACGUCGUGGGAGGACGCCGUCGUUCGGUUGCAAAGCCAGCGGCGCCGGAUGGUCCGUCGGGGGCUCCACGCCGAUGCGAUUCAGCCGCAGUGGUGCCGGGACCACCCUGGUCGGUGUACUUAGUUGAUUCAGUCAUUAAUCGAAAGAAGAGGGCAAGAAGAUAUGAGGGCUA